CAGAUAGGGAUAUUGAAUGUAUUGUGGGACACACGAUAUGGUCUACUGUCUGAUGUGUAUUGCCACAGAACAUAGGUCCUGUGGUGAUGUGACCAGCCUAACAGAUGCGGCAGGUUCGAGCUUACAACAAAAGGAAGCGGACCGUCUACAAGAAGAAUAUGAGUCUAUCAAAGAGGUUCUUACAGUCUCAAAGAGGAAGAAAAAGGAAAACCUCGUCUCAUUAGAAGAGAAUAGAAACACAAUCGAAAAACGACUCCAAGAAAUUGAAGAAGCUUUGGUAGAACAUAUCAAAAAGCUUUCACAACAAGAUAAAAUGAGCCUCAACGAAACAUAUUGUAAAGUGAAAGACGAGCUUGAAUCAGAUAUCAAAAUGCUGGACUGUAGAAUAUCUGAAAUGGAGAGAGUAAGGGGCAAGUUCCAGUCAACAACGGAAGUUAACCAGGAAAAACGGUUCAUUCAGUUUAAGCUUUGCCAGCAAAUUAUGAAAGAUGCUAAGAUAUUACAUGCACAGUUUGAAUCAGGUGGUAAAGUAUUAAUUGACUUUGCAGAAAAUACAAGUGUAACGGGACAGUUAGUUGAAGUCAAAAGUUUGGGGAAAAUAAAUGAAGCUCGGAUAAAUGAAAAGAAAGAAAUAAAAGGUCAGAAAGAGAUAAAAGGUCAGAAAGAGAUAAACGUAAGAAUGCAGAAUGACAAGAAGACCUGUCGAAUAAAUGAUAUAUGCCAACUUGAUUGCGGAGCUUGUAUUUUGGCUGACUGGCGCAAUAAAAAUGUAAAAUUGAUAGAUACUAAUCGGAAUGUGAAGUCUCACUUUGAUCUUGGAUUUCUUCCAAACGGAAUUUGUAAAACAGGACACAACGAAAUAGCAGUGAAGCUGUGUAAUAACAAAAUAGACAUGUUAUCACUAUCUACCGGUAUUGCUAAAGUAAGAAGUAUUUCUGUAAAAGGAGGAGGUGGAUAUUGGGGCAUUGCUUACACAGGUGGAAAGUUUUGGGCAUCGGCUGAAACCGCAGUUGACGUGUAUGACACAAAUGGAACCUUUGAAAAAUCUAUUGCAGUAGCAAGAGCUGGAACAAGACAAAUGACCGUUUAUCAAAACUCGGUAUAUUUGGCUGAUCGUAGUGAUGGCAUUGUCAAAUUGAUGAGCGAUGGUACGAAACAAACUAAAUUUCAAGACAGUAAACUGAAAUGUACUGUUGGUGUAUGCAUAUCGAAUGAUGGUACAGUGUAUGCCCUAGAUAAACCUUCCAACACUAUCGUAAUGUUCAGUCAGGAUGGAAAAUGUCUAGGGCAGCUAGUUCCGGAAAUACCCAGUAGGGAAGAUCCAGAGUCGCUUUGCUACGAUAAUAAAAACGAAUGUAUAUUGAUUGGCUAUAAUUCAUCUGAUACAGUAACUGCGCUGCAUCUCCAUGACUGAGGACUUCUAUUCGGUCAAGAAUUUGUACUACAUAUGAAGAGUAACUAGAGCAAAAAUAUAUUCAUUAACACACAAUUUAUUUCAGUUAGCUUGCGAAGAAAGCCGUUCUAAAAUUGCAAUUUAAUAAUGAUGCCAGACUUACAUGACAUCACUAAUUACUUACAUUCUUGUUCAAGUUGUAUAUUUGGUUUCGUGUAAUACAAUUCAUUUCCCUCCAACGUAGGAAAGAUUUAAUCAUUAAAUUAAAUAUGUCGCCGCAUGAUUCGGAUUGUGUUAAGUGGUAAUAGUAUAAAAAAGCUGUCUCUAAAGUAUACAGAAAUGCAUCUUUAGUCCAGAGUGUAUUGGCUAAGACCUAAUGUUUGUUUAUGAUAACGCUCACGUAGGAAGCCUAUUUAUCUAUUUAUUUUUUAGAACAUCAGAAAUGCCAUUGUUACGUAGGUCAGAAGCUAAAAUUAUUAGUGUUAUACAUAAUUCGAUGGAAAUUAAAACAUUUGGUAUUGAGAAGUUUAGUGUAGAUUUGCAUUAAUUCUGCUUUCCAACUUCCUCUUAUUUGCUAAAUGUUGAAAACAAUUCCUACAGAACAGGAAAAUAUCUUUAGAGUAGGCGUUUCAGCUAGGUUAGGUUGGGAUGGCUUCAACAAACAGUAUUUUAUUUAAAGUGUUAUAACUAUAAACAAGGCAAAAUAGAGUUAUUGGACACGUGUCAACAUACAGUCAUUAUUACAUUUUGUUACUAUCUGAACAUAUUCAAUUUUGUUAAUGUCUGAAUAUGUUACAUUUUGUUAAUGUCUGAAUGUGUUACAUUUUCUUAUUGUCUGAACAUGUUACAUUGUGUUAAUGCCUCAAUAUGUUACAUUUUGUAAAGGUCAGAAUCUGUUACAUUUUGCUAAUAUCUAAAUAUGUUACAGUUUGUUUACGUGUGACCUUUGAUCUUUGAAAUAUUGACCUCUAAAACAGAAUUCCCCUCAA